UUUCCGGAAAGCAGUUGAACUGUUUUUCAGGAAGGGUCCUCGCUUCUCGCGAUGCUUCGAGAAACCAGUCGUUUAUUUCAUUAAACGUUGCUGCAUUCUUAGGCAUCGUAUCGUCUUCGCCGAUUGCGAUCAAUCUUGUCGUCGGUCGGGCGGUAGAGCAGGAGCUCCGGGGAGUGCGGCCGCGCUUCAUCCCUAAUCUUCCGACGCCGAAGGCCUCGCCGUUCCUAUCUGUUAGCUUGCUGUGCGGUGCGCGUUCUUUUCCAUUUGGGUUUUCCUGGUUCGUGUGAUGUUCAAAUGCAUUUCUCGGGUUUAUGUUUUCCGUGAUGUCGAAUGGUUGGGAUCUUCAUUUUAUCUGGGAAGCUGAUGUAUGGUUUCUUGGGUGAUACAGCGCCGUUUAUUUGUUGCAAAAAGGAGAAAAGUGAAUUUGUAUCGUAAUUAUCGUUUGUCUGGUCACUGGUGAUGUUCUUUUUCUAGUGAUUGAUGCUUGAAGUAGGCUCGUAGUAAAUUGUUCUGGUGUAAGACAUGUAAAUAGUCACUGUCAUGCUUCCUAGUGCUUGUUUUUUUUUUUAUUGUGCAUGCGCAGCGGUUUCCUCUGAGAAGAUGCAGAGGAGGAGAGGUGGUAGGGAUGACUUCCUUGGUUUUGGAGAUCAUUUUGCGGAGUUUGGCGGCUUUGGCAGAUCAGGGAGUCUGAUCUCUAGCUUUUUUGGAGGGAGAGAUCCUUUUGAUGACCCUUUUUUCACGCAGCCAUUUGGAAACUUGAUGGGCAGAAGCAUCUUUGGCCCUAGCAUGUUUGGUCCUAGCAUGUUUUCUGAUCGAGGAAGCCUCUUUGGGGAGACUGGCAAUCGUGUGUUCCUGGAGCAGGCUUCCCAAUCCAAUAACUCAAAGGGUCCAGUCAUUGAAGAACUCUCCGAUGAUGAUGAUGAUGAUGAUGAUGAUGAUGACGACGGACAAGAAGAAAAAUCUGACAAUGAGGAGAAAGAGAAUCAAAGGAAACUUCAGGAUCCUGAUGAAGCAGUUGAAGAAAAGAAAAGCAGGCAUAUGCAAGAUAGAAACAACUUCAACCAUUCCAACAUGGCACAAUCGCAGAAUAACACUUUUACUUUCCAAAGCUCCACGGUGACUUAUGGUGGUCCAAAUGGUGCAUACUACACUUCAGCCACAACCAGGAGAAUGGGCGACGAUGGAGUUAUUAUGGAGGAGAGCAAGGAAGCUGACACCACUAGUGGUAGAGCCAUGCACAGAGUAUCUCGUGGGAUUAAGAACAAAGGUCACUCAGUCACAAGAAAACUGAAUUCAGAUGGGAAGGUAGAAACAAUGCAGACAUUACAUAAUCUGAACGAAGAUGAGCUGCCUGUUUUUGAGGAGGCUUGGAAAGGGAAUGCUGACCGACACCUUGGUGGAUGGAACAAAGGGUCUGGUUUCCUUCAAAAUGGAAACAUGAGGAAUGGCAGUACCAGCAGUCAAGAAGCAAGAGGAUGGGCACUUCCGUCAACUGAGAGAGCCCGUAACUCGGGGAGGAUGCAGUCAAAGACAGGCAUGGACACUUUCAGAACCAGAUGUUCCAUGAAUUGAAGUCGACCCUUUACCAGUGUGUAAUCACGCAACAAGUUUCUCAUGGCAUUACCAUUUGCUUAGCAGACAAUCUUAUUGAUCUUCCUGUUUUUGUCAGGUCGAUAGUGUGGUUUUGUCAUAGUUGUGUUGCAGCGUCACAGUUUGAUUUGCAAUCAUGCUUGAUGCAAGUCUUGUAUUUUGAACAAUGCUAUUGAUGUAUGAACAAGUUCUAUUACUGAAUCCCGGAUGAUCACCACA